AUGAUAUCAGUGUUGUUCCAUCGCUCCAAUAUCACAAAGCUAAAUGCGCGGGUCAUACGCGCGGCGGGCUACGACCUCGAUCGAGUCGAACAUUUAACGGUGAUGGACGCGCCGGAUUUAGAACAUGUUGUUGUAGAAGAUCUGACCAAAAUGCCUAAUCUCAAAUCAUUUUUUAUAACCCAAGCGCCUCUAUUACAUAGAAUAGCGCCUUUACCAGCCUUGCCCGAACUGCGCACAUUUAUCAUCACUACAUGCGGCCUCACUGAAGUACCAAACUUAAGCCACGUUCAUGACAAAAACAGUGGAAAUACGUCUCUUGCUUAUUUACAGGCCAUAGAUCUCGAAGGCAACCAUAUAAAGCGCAUACCGACGCACGCGCUGCGAGUCCGCGCUGACCAAGUUUCAUUGAACUACAAUUUGAUUGAGGAAGUACCAGCUCAUGCAUUUAAGAAUUCUCAGAUAUCAAGAUUAAAAAGAAUGUCUAUUUUCAGAAGUUUCAAGGGAAACACAAAACUUAAAAGAAUUGAUGAUUUAGCCUUCGCUGGAAACCUUUUAUUAAGACAGUUAGACCUAAGUAACACAGCUAUAGUAUCACUACCUACUAAAGGGCUGGAAAACCUUGAAGUGCUGAGAAUAGAAAAGACACCAUCAUUAAAAUACAUUCCUUCAAUUUAUGAAUUUCAGCGAUUAGAAAAGGCUUAUCUAACCCACCAUUUCCAUUGCUGCGCCUUCGAGUUCCCCGAGCGACACAACCCCGCGAGGCACGCGCUAUACGAAACACAACUAGCCAUCAUGACCGAUAGAUGCGGAAGAAAUGAACAAAUAAAAGCACAGCAAUUAAGAAAGCGUAGAUCUACAGACGCUAUCGACGUGACGGUAACAACUGUCGAUGCAUACGAUGACAUUAGCGCAUCAAGUGAGGAGUACGUGCCUUGGAAUAGCGGAGAGUAUUUCUCAGAUUCCGGCAGCUUUGAAGACUACGACGAAGACUUUCGCGAACCAGUCAAUAAAAGUUUAGGUGUUGCUGUGUUCGCGGAUUGUGGGAAUUUUAGUCUCAGUCGCAGAAAGGUGCAAUGCACGCCGCAGCCGAAUGCGCUGAACCCGUGCGAGGACGUGAUGGGGUGGGCGUGGCUGCGCGCCAGCGUGUGGCUGGUGGCGGGCGCCGCGCUGGCGGGCAACGCCGCCGUGCUCGCCGUGCUGCUGCGCGCCGACCCCGCCGUGCCGCGCUUCCUCAUGUGCCAUCUCGCCUUCUCCGACCUCUGCACCGGCGUCUACCUCUUCAUGAUAGCCCUCGUCGACAUCAGGUCCUACGGGGAGUUCUUCAACUACGCGUACGACUGGCAGUACGGCGUCGGCUGCAAGAUCGCCGGAUUCUUCUCCGUUUUCUCCGGCCAAAUGUCCGUGUUCACGCUGACUAUAGUCACGCUGGAACGGUGGUUCGCGAUCACGUACGCAAUUUAUUUGGACCGACGUAUUACUUUGAGUGCGGCGGCUAAGAUCAUGGUCGGCGGGUGGUUGUUCUCCAUUUUGAUGGCGGGUCUCCCAUUAGUAGGGGUUUCAGAUUAUUCGUCCACGUCGAUAUGCUUGCCGGUGGAAAGCGAGGGAGUCGGCGACGCGGUAUAUCAAGGCAGCUUGUUUUUAACGAACGCAAUAGCGUGGGUCACUAUCGUAGUCUGCUAUGUACAGAUAUACAGGUCUUUGGGUGGAGGAGGUGAGAAGUAUGGAGGGAGAGGCGCCGCCGCCGCCGCGGAGAGACGUAUAGCUAACAAAAUGGCGCUCCUAAUAGGCACAGAUUUACUAUGUUGGGCACCUGUCGCUUUUUUCGGAGUGACCGCUUUAGCUGGAGUACCGUUAGUCGACGUAAGCCACGGCAAAGUGCUACUCGUAUUCUUUUAUCCAUUAAACGCGUGUGCGAAUCCAUUCCUGUACGCGAUAUUAACUAAACAGUAUCGACGAGAUCUCAUCUCUUUAAUCGCUAGGACGGGGAAAUGUAAUUGGCUGAUUGAAAAAUACAAAUUGGCGGCCACCCCUCCCCCCACCGGACACACCAACCCCUCCGCACCACCGCUUUUACCUCUAGUAGAUUAUAAUAAAUCAAUAACAAAUGUCCAAAAAGAAAAUGGCGAUAUAGAAAUUAUG